GAGCAGGUUGCAUGAGCCACCUCCCAACUGUCCUACAUCUGCUCCCUACCCCCGCGUGAUUCCACCACAACUGAGAUCACAACCAAGUCCACAACUGAGAUCAUAACAUCCACUAUCAUAAUGAGUAAUACGUAUCGGACGGACAUAUCGGUAGAGCGCAUCCAAUUGGCCUCGAUGCCGCAAUUAGCAGAGGCGAUAACCAGAAAAGAUGACUGGACUGGGGUUACAGAUGCCGCAGCACGCAGGCGGGCACAGACUCGCCUCAAUACACGGGCAUACCGAAAACGCAAAGCCCUAGCAGCCAAAGAAGCUGAAGUUAAAGCAACCAAUGCCGCAACCGAAACACCGACCAAAUCAGGAGGAAAAGAAAAAGAAGCAAUGGUAGAAUGCUGGGACAUCACCGCGCAGUCAGUCACAACCAUCCCAGCAACACUCGCCAAACAAAUCUCUAGGGCAAGGAAGCCCCUGCUACCAUCAUGGCCACCUGCAGCCGCAGCCACAGCACACCCAGGAAGCUUGGAGACCCAGCCCUGGACGCAGAGUAGCAAUAGUAUCAUCUUUCCCCUAUGCUCCGACCACCUGAUAACCCUCCUCCAAUUCAACACAAUCCGCGCGCUCGCCACAAACCGCACCCUGAUCUCAGGAAUCCUCACCACCCCGCUAGACUGCUACGAGGAAGUCACACAUGUCAUCCCCUACCCAUCACACCCCCAGCUUGGUCGAGACCGUCUGAUUCUAGCCGUUGCGGCUGGUAGUUUUGACGAGGAUGAACUGUGGGCUGAUUGCAUUGGUGGCUUGUACGAGGGGUUUCCUGAUGCUGAGCAUGUUGAUGGUGAUGCUGGUGUUGAGCGACGUGGAGUGAUUGUGUGGUCGCCGCCGUGGGAUAUUAGGGGGUGGGAGAUGACGAAGGGGUUCCUGGAGAAAUGGGGGUGGCUGCUUGGGGAUUUGCCGGGGGCGAUGGAGGGGACGAAUCGCUGGCGGAGGGAGAGGGGGGAGGAACCGUUGUAG